AAAGCAGUCAUAGAAGUGCAAACAAGAAAGUAUUAUAUAUAAUCUAUGAUUAGAAACCAAGAUUGUUCAAAAACCUAUGCCAGAGAUAUAAGCAUAGGAAAUAUCGACGUUUACUAAUGGACAUGCCUUAGCGGUCAAAAUUGUGGUACAACAAAAGAAAGAGAUAGAACAAAGUUUCGGACAAUAUUCAUCUCUCUCAUGAUAGUGCGUUGGUGUGUCAUGAAAGAGAUAGCACUAGUCCGAAACCAUACGCCAUCUCUCUAUGAUAGGAAAUAAAUAAUCUAUGGGACAUAAGCAGAUGUAACCUAAAACUUUUAUCAUACAAAAAUUCACGUAAACUUGAUAGUGUAAUUGUAUUAAUAUCGAGGAAAGACUUUGAUUUGACUAUGGGAAACUUUAAUGGGAAAGUUGAUGCAGCAGCAGUAGAAAUUGAAAAUUCUAAAGCAACUGUCACAAAACCAGAGGAACAACCCAAAAAGUUGAAGCCUUGCUGUGCUUGCCCAGAAACGAAAAAAGCGAGAGAUGCAUGCAUUAUUGAAAAUGGAGAAGAAAAUUGCACACAUUUAAUUGAAGCGCAUAAAGAAUGCAUGAGGAAAUUGGGUUUCAAUAUCUAAGUAAGGAUGCCCAUUUUACCGCCUUGUAAAUAUUGUAGUAUUUAACGUUAGUUAUGUAUAGUAAAGGAUAAUAUAAAAUAAAGUUGUGUCUGUCUAUGAAA